GCCUGCCUGCCGGCGGACGCCGCCGGCGAGCCGAUUCAGCCGCCGUCGCGCGUCGAGUCGCUCUCGUCCGUGUCAUCGGCGGCGUUCUGCUCCGACGCGAGCUCGCGGCGCGACGCGUCAGGCUCGACGCUGGCGGACCGUGACGCGUCGAGUUCGACGCUGGCCGACCGCGAGGUGUCGGACGCGAGCGGGCCGUCGGACAACGUGCAGCGCCGCCCCGGCGCCGGCAGCCCGCGCAAACAUAGCCGACAGCAGGCCGUCAAGCGAUACUCGCGUUUCUUUGAGGAGGACGAGGCGGGCCAGCUGGUCGAGGUGGAGGGUCCGGGCGCACUGGCGCCGUCGCCGUCACCGGACCGGUCUCGCACGCGUCGUCAGCUCUCCAAGCAGUUCAGUGUAGACGAGCCUCAGCGCGGUGCGCGUGCGCUCUGCCUGGACCUGCCGGGCGCAGCCACCAUGUACCGCGUGGCAGAGACCGAGCCGGCGGCCGGCCGGCAGCGGCGCCGUCCCGAGAAGAGCGACCGGAAGAACGUGCGCCUCGAGCUGGCAGAGGAGAUGGUCAGUGGAUGGCCGGCGGAGGCCGGUGACCACGAGCGGACGGCAGAGGACGCUGCCGCUCCGCCGCCGGCCGAGGCCGAGCCGGCGAAGCUGGAGGAGCGCUGGGCGAAGAAGGGUGCCGGCGUCAGCAGCGGCAUGGUUCGCAGUCCGGCCAUGCACGAGGGCUUCCGGCCCGAAGAGUGGAGCGUGGUGCGCACGCCACAAACACCUGAGAAGAUCGUCGAGGUUGACGAGCGUCCGGCGGAGAAGCACGGCGGCGAUGCGCGCAAACCGCACAAAGAGAAGAAACACAAGAAGCGGUCGAAGGACCGCGACAAGGACGCCUCGCGAGGGGAGUCCAGCAGUCGGAGUCGCGAGCGCACCAAAAACAGGGACAAGACCAAACAGCGCUCGUCAAAAUCGCCAAAGCGUCGCUCAACGGUGUCGGACCUGGUGGCCACUGAGGAAGUCGACCCGCUCUCAGCGCGCGGGCCGGAGCAAAAGCCGGCUCUCUCGAGCUGGGACCUGCGCCUGAGUGCGCUGGGUGACGACAUGGUGGACCGCACGCUGCUCAGCGCCAAGCCGAGCGCCGAGUCGCUGCGCUCGGUCAGCCCGGGCAGCGACAACGUGUUCGCGUCGAGUUGGCAGGAGGGCGGCGCGGCGCCGGGUGCGGCCGGGCUGCGCUUGGCGCGGCUGGACGCCCUCUCCUCCGACCCGCCCGACACGGUGCAAUGCUCCAGCUGCGGGGAGCGCAUGCGCACGCCAGACGCGGCGCGCACGCGCAGCACAUCCCGCGAGAGGACGCCGCCGCGAGAGGGCGGCGGGGAGGGCGAGGCCGAGGUCGGCCGGGGGGAGGGGUCACCGGCGGAGGGCAGGCAAAAGGGACCGCGGCCGGGGGAGGUCGACGCGCCGACCUUGUCGGAGCCGGCCAAGAGCGAACGACACAAGAAGAACUUGCCAGAGCAGCCGAGAGACUCAACUGUCGGGCGACCGCAGCCAGACCUGGUGCCGAAGGAGCAGCCGCUGGAGGCGGGGAAGCGGACGAAGCAGCCGCACACGACGGAACAUCGGCGGCCGGAGGCGGCAGCGGGCGGCGGGCCGUCGAAAGGGGCGAGAGAGCUGCAGCCGGGGACGGCGGCGAGGGAGAGGCAGACGUCCCGCGGCUCAAGCCGCAGGCGGGGCGCGGACCGCGCCGACCGCGUUAUGUCGGAGGAGCGCGUGCUGGAUCCGCGCCCAGCCACCCAGGCUCGCGCCAAGUCCGAGGAGCGGUACACCAGGGACCCGCUGCAAACGGUCAGUCCACGCACCAGCCAGGACUCGUUGUCUCGACCGACGGACGCCUCGACGCAGAGCACCAUCUCGAUGCGUGAGCUGCACGAGGACGAGGGCGGCGUGUACGCCGGUCACUUCCCGGCCGCGCGCUGGCUGUACAUCGGCGCCGACGAGGAGAUGAAGGUGUGGCGCAAGAAGCCCCGAUGCGAGUCCCAGCCAGAGGCGUGCCCGGAGUCGACCUUGAGCCGCUCGCCGUCGGUCGAGUCGACGGAGAGCGAGCGCGAGUUCCGGCGUAGCUACCAGGCCAUCUCGCACAGGAUGGUGCACCGCAAGGCGUCUGGCCACAUGUUCAAGCAAAUGGAGGACAAGAGCUUCGCUGGCGACAAGAGCGUGGUGAUGCAGAAAUGCAGCGGCGAGUUCGGCUUCCGCAUCCACGGCUCGCGGCCGGUGGUGGUGUCGGCCAUUGAGCCGGGCACGCCGGCCCGGCUGUCUGGCCUGGAGGUGGGCGACAUCAUCAUCUCCAUCAACGGCAACAGGGUGCUGGAGUCCAGCCACGGCGACGUGGUCAAGAUCGCUCACGCUGGCUCGGAUCAGCUCAAACUGGAGGUGGCCAGCACGUCCAGCGUGCUGGCCACGCCGGAGAGCUGGAGCUGUGUGCGCCAGGGUCCGCUGUGGCGGCGCAGCGGCUCAGCCGGCGCCUGGUGCCGGCGCUGGGGCGUGCUCAAGGCGGACGCGUCGCUCUACCUCUUCAAACGGGCCGAGGAUGUUCAUCCGUUGGCCGGACUGAGCCUGACGGACUGCACCUUAAACACUAGUAUUGAUUGCGACCGGGAGAUGGCGUUCAUGGUGGAAUGCGAGGGAGCCGAGCCGGUCGCUUUGGCUGCAGAGUCAGCAGAAGAAUAUGAGAACUGGCUGGAGUCGCUGCGGACCGUCAUUCAGGAGUCCUCCUCGGAGAGCGCCUGGCAGGCGGCCGUGCGCCUGAACGCGGCCGGGCCGCCCGGCCUCAUCCACAAUCCGGACUGCGGCGGCUUCCUCAGCAAGCUGGGGCACCGCUGGCGCUGCUGGAAACGACUCUACUGCGUGCUCAAGGAUGGGGUCAUGUACUUCUACCGCGGCGACAGCGAGCCGGCCGCCUUCGGCGCCGCCUACCUCCAUGGCUACCGUGUGCAGAGCAGCGGCGUGGGCGGCCGCCGACCCAGCUUCGAGGUCAGCCCGCCGCAGCCGCGGCUCCGCCACUUCUACUUCAUCGCCGACUCCGAGACCGAGCGCAAGCGGUGGCUGGCAGCGCUGGAGUACUCGAUCGACCGGUGGAUUAAGGUGGCCCACUAGAAGCCGGAGUGUCCGGCGCGCUCAUCACUGCCGCCCGUCACCACGCGUCCGCUGUGUCCAGUUCAAACGGCCGCCGGGCGCGGCCUCGGCCCGCCGGGAGCUGCCGCCAGUCCCGACCCGUCCUGCCGGUGCGCGGCA